CCAUGCAAGUCGAACACCGCGUUUCCACACCGUCUUGGAUCACCAGCUACUUCACCUCCCAGAAACAGCAGAAGAUUGUGCAUGAAGCUUUGAGGAAACGGGAACGUGCUCGCCAGGCCAUUCGCAGUUACCAUCUGGAAGGACUCCAAAAUCCACCUAAAGACGUUCCUCGGCCCAUCUUUGACUUCUAUUCGAUCGCACAAGGGACCCAUCCUGAUCAUGAACGGAAGAACCGGUAUUGUGAUAUCGUUCCAUACGACAGGACGCGCGUUCUUGACCCGAGGGACUCUCAGCGAUACUUGAAUGCAUCAUGGGUACUUGAAAGAUUCGGUCACAAAUGGUGGAUCGCAGCCCAAGCCCCUUUACCGCAGACAUUCCACGCGUUCUUGUCCUUGCUCCAAUAUCCAUCGACCCUCCCCUCACGGACGACGGAUGGACCGAGAAGUACACGAAUACGGACAAUUGCUCAGCUUACACCGUUCAUCGAGGGCGAUCGAAGAAAGGCGCACGAAUAUCUGCCAACCAGAGUCGGCCAGAGUCGCGUGCACUCACCGGAGGCAGGAAAUCAAAGCCCUGCGUUGAGUUUGAGAUUGCUCCAGGUUGAGCAGAUCGAAGAAGCGUGCUGCAUCAAAUCCACUGUUUCCAUGUUUCCUGAAGGCGACGAAAGCAAGACAGUCAUCUUCCAUCAUCUAUUUUACACAGCGUGGCCCGAUCAUGGCGUCCCCGAAGGGAAAGACGAAGAAGGUCUAAUGGCUUUCCUUCGUCUGGUGGAUAGUUCGAAUAGAAACGAUUCGGACGACCCUGAUCCACCGAUUGUGGUCGGAUGCAGUGCAGGUGUUGGCCGGACCGGAACUUUCAUUGCUCUCUCCUCGAUUCUCCGUUCCUAUGGCUUUCUCUCCAAACCCAGCUUCCCUGACGAGUUGUCGGCUGACUCGCCACUGGGUCCCUUGCCAUCCGCUCUUGACAGCGACGUCGUUGCCCAGGAAGUCGAUUCCUUGCGCGAGCAGAGGACCACGAUGGUCCAACAAGACUCGCAACUGCAGAUCAUAUAUGCUCUUCUCCGUACUGCAUUUCGUGUUUGAAACUGAUGCGAGUCGUGUAUGCAUGUCCUUAGUGGAAUAUUAUCAGUCCGAUCUGAAA